CGAGGGGACUCGCCCUUCAAAAGGGUCACACUUCGCACGUAUUUCUCCUUCUCUCCACGCAGAUUUGCCAACGACCUACAAAUGCUUUAGUCUCCCCCCAUUUCUGCUCUCUCGCUCUCUCUCUCUCUCUCUCUCUCUCUCUCUCUGGGGUGAGUAUUUCCUCUGUUUGCUGGAUUUGGGGGUUGGAAUUAGGGAGUAAGGAGACAUGUCGGCGGAGACAUGCUUCGGUGGUUCCGGCGACCAAAGCAUCAAAGGAGUGCCCACACAUGGCGGCUGCUAUGUUCAGUACAAUGUCUACGGGAACCUCUUCGAAGUUUCCAGAAAGUAUGUUCCUCCUCUUCGCCCCAUCGGCAGAGGCGCUUACGGUAUCGUCUGCGCCGCUUUGAACUCGGAGAAUGGCGAAGAGGUAGCCAUUAAGAAGAUUGGUAAUGCAUUUGACAACAUCAUUGACGCCAAAAGAACUUUGAGGGAGAUUAAGCUUCUGAGGCACAUGGAUCAUGAAAAUGUUAUUGCCAUAAAGGACAUAAUCAGACCACCACAACGGGAGAAUUUCAACGAUGUUUACAUAGUUUCUGAGUUAAUGGACACUGACCUUCACCAGAUUAUACGCUCAAACCAACCAUUAACUGAUGAUCAUUGUCGGUUCUUCCUGUAUCAGUUGUUACGUGGGCUCAAGUAUGUACAUUCGGCCAAUGUAUUGCAUCGUGAUCUAAAGCCCAGCAACUUGCUUCUGAAUGCAAAUUGUGACCUCAAGAUUGGGGAUUUCGGGCUUGCAAGAACAAAAUCUGAGACAGACUUCAUGACCGAAUAUGUUGUUACACGUUGGUAUCGAGCACCAGAAUUGCUCCUUAAUUGCUCAGAAUACACAGCGGCAAUUGAUAUAUGGUCGGUCGGUUGCAUACUCGGUGAAAUAAUGACCAGGGAGCCAUUGUUUCCCGGCAAGGAUUACGUUCAUCAGCUCAGACUCAUCACUGAGCUUAUAGGUUCACCUGAUGAAACGAGCCUGGGAUUCUUAAGGAGUGACAAUGCGAGAAGAUACGUGAGACAGCUUCCACAGUACCCGAGGCAGAACUUUGCAGCUAGGUUUCCCAGCAUGUCACCUGGUGCCGUUGAUUUGCUCGAGAAAAUGCUCGUCUUUGAUCCUAGCAGACGCAUCACUGUGGAUGAAGCAUUGUGCCAUCAGUACCUGGGACCACUGCAUGACAUAAACGAGGAGCCAGUGUGUGGGAGGCCGUUCAGUUUUGAUUUCGAGCAACCUUCCCUCACCGAAGAGAAUAUAAAGGAGCUCAUAUAUCGCGAAUCCGUCAAGUUCAACCCUCACCAACCCCAGUCCCAGUGAGACAGGACAAGACUGUUCGAUCUCUCUCUCUCUUUUUUUCUCUCUCUAAUUGUUCUUUUUUUGAAUCUGAUGAUGUCUGUAAUAUGAAGAACAUGUCGUGAGGAAUUGGAAGAAAACAGCUUUGAGAAUUGUGUUUUUUAUUUUUGCACAAAAAGAGUGAAGUUCUUCUUUCAA